CACACACACACACACACACACGCGUGCGCACACACACACCCACACACACACACACACACACACUUUGCCCCGUCUCCUUCACUAAACCUCCAAUCACAUGAUUGCCUUAUACCACACACACACAAAUACACAGAGCAGAGGAAAACAAAUACAACAUUUUAAACAUGAACUAUACUGCAGGGUCGCUACAAUAUUAUUAUAUCAGUAAUGAAAAUUGCUAAUGUGUGCAGCAUAAUGACUUAGCACAUUGCUCCAUUACCUGUUCUGAGCCCUGCAGUCUUUGAUAUUGGUCACCAAUCCAACAACUCAUGCUUAAUACAUGUUGUUUUUGCAUCUUUGCUAAAAAUGUUUCCUAGCAAUAAGAAAUGGCUUUUGAACCAACAAUGUAUUUUACACCUUGUUGUAAUUCAGUUUUCAAUGUUUUGUUCUUGCUGCAUGGUCACAACAUUUAUCCACAAGUUCAGCAUCAUUUCAGAGAAAAACAAAUGAGGUCUGUGAAAUUCAAGCCAGGCACCACUCGAUAAAGGAUGUGGCUUUGUAGUUUAUUUUGUUAAGCAAAAUGCUUAACCCUAACCUUAACCUUAACCCUCAGAGCAUUGUAACGACUGCACUAAGCAACAUUUCCAUGCAUAGGACAGACCCAGAAAUGAGUGGUAAAUUAAACAGUUCAGUAACUUCCUGAGUUGGGUUUAUUUUGUCAACUCGGAUGCACGCCAUCAUUACCAGCAAGCAUCAGUCAGAGAGUGAGCACCAUGAGCACGGGAGAGCUUAUUUACACCUCAGUGGAGGCUCUCAUUGCCAUUAGCUGCAUUCUUGGUAACAUGCUGGUUAUUUUGUCUCUGUGGAAAACUAAAAGCAUCCAGCAGCCCACCUUCUGCCUCAUUGUGUCUCUGGCUGUGUCUGACUUCAUGGUUGGAGCUGUGGCCAUUCCUCUGGCUGUAGUGGUGGAUGGACGAGUGGAGACUUCAUUCCUCACUUGUCUCUUCAUCAGCUGUAUGAUCCUCCUGCUGACCCUGGUUUCAGUCCUCUCUCUGAUGGCCAUCGCCGUGGACCGCUUCGUGAGAGUCUCCAUCCCUCUCUGGUACAAACGUACCGUGACAUGGAGGCAUUCUUAUCUAGUGGUGGCUGCAUGUUGGAUUGCUGCGACACCGCUGAGUUUUACUCCCAUGCUUGGAUGGCACAAAGACCCUCCUCCAUCUUCAAAUUCCACAUUUCUUUGCCAGUUUGUGAAAGUGAUUCCCAUGAAGUAUAUGGUGUACUUCAGUUUCUUUCUCUGCAACCUUACACCUCUUUCGAUAAUGAGUGUGCUCUACUGCUACAUCUUCUGUUAUAUUCGAAGAAACCUCAGAGACAGGCCAGGAAACGGAGCACAUAACCAGUCCCAAACCUACCUGAGGAAGGAGAAGCAGCUGGCAGCAUCUCUGUCUCUGGUCCUGGCUCUGUUCGCUCUAUCCUGGCUCCCUCUCAACAUAAUCAACUGUGUUUUUUACUUUAAGGGACCAGAUGCUUUACCGGUCCAAUUUGUGUAUGUAGCCAUUGUGCUUUCUCAUGCUAAUUCAGCUGUGAAUCCAGUUGUGUAUGCCUUCAAAGUACCAAAAAUCAAAGCAGGAUAUCAGAAGAUUUGCAGAAAGUUCAUUUUGUGUUCUACUGAAAAUGAAGUAUCUCAGACCAGCCAAGCAGAUAACAACCCCGGCAGUAACUUCAGAAGUGUUAGUAAUGACUAAAGGCUUGUUUAUUUCAGCUUUUAUUUGUUCAGAACACUCACUUUGUGUUUUAUUGAUUUGAUUUAAUGCAGGAAGUACUUGUGAAAUGUCUGUCUUGUAAAAGUCCAGCAGAUGUUUGAGCUCUUGCUUCUGAAAUUUCCAUUUCCUCGACUCGUUUGGGUGCAAAGCUGAGAGAGCGCAGCUAUUCUGGAGUGUGAAUUUUUUUAUAGACUUGUAGCUCAACGUAUUCUGAAAAAUAAAAAUAUUAAAAGAGUAGUCUCAAAUCAAGUGGAAGGAAAUAUGUUCAUCAGUGUUAAAAACAGCUGUUUUUCUAAUGAAACGAGGUUUUGUUUCGAAGCAUCUAAACUGCAUUCAAAAGCCAAGUGACUGAAAUGGAUUUCUGACCAAAGGAAAGGAGAAAAUAGCAAAAGAAGAUUUCUUUACCACGCGUCAAACGGAGACGAAGGCUUUAAACUUUGACAUUCAUUUCUGAGCUUGACCAGUAAAAUCUCACAAUCUUUGCAUUUUCUCAUAAAUCCAAUUUUAUGACCUCUAACAAUGACGAUUUUUAACUCAAUGUUAUUAUGAUGUAACAUAAAAACUAUCAUGCUCCAUAUUGGUUUUCACUGUUUGGACUCAGUAUAUGUUUCUACUGGCUGGUGUUGUUUGUCUGAGAAAACAGUCUGAAAAUCUAUUUUCAGUUCUUCUAACAUUUUUGCGGUAAACUAUAACACUUCAUACUUUUCAGUUAUAUUACACAAGUGUCUUGACGAUUCUCCAGGGCUGGGUCACGGGGGCAGUAGUCUAAGCGGAAAGGCCAGACUUCCCUCUCCUCAGCCACUUGGGCCAGCUCCUCCAGGGAAUCCCAAGGCAGGCCAAGAAACAUCUCUCCAGCAUGUCCUGGAUCUUCCGUUAGGUCUCCUCCUGGUUGGAAAUGCCAGGAAAGGUGUCCAGGAGACAUCCUGACCAGAUGCGCAAGCUACUUCAACAGGCUCCUCUUGAUGUGGAGGAGCAGCGGAUCUACUCCGAGCUACUUGGUGGGAGAGUGGCUGGCUUCAGAGGAGAGCCGACACCCUGCAGAGAAAACUCAUUUCGGCCGCUUGUGCCCACGAUCUCAUGCUUUUGGUUACUAUCCAAAGCUAAUGACCAUGCAUGAGGGUUGGAACGUCGAUCAAUGAUAAAUUGAAGUUGCUCUCUCUCUCUUCACAACAGACCAG